UGAGUAACAUAUUGUAUGUCUGUCUACUUGCAGGCCUCUUUUGUCCUGUGCCGAGUAUUUGUCAGAUCUCGGGGUGGAACUAGCAAAUCAGAGAAUGGCUUAAGUUCUUGUGCUGAAGAAACUGUUUCCACAGUACGUCACAUUGGAAUUCAGCAUGGUGGAUUUUGUACUCCUCAUAUUGUUCCUGAGAUUCACAGUGACAAAUCUGUGCCUAGGAACACUGACAAGUCAAAAGAUCAAAUGACACUGGAGACUGAAGUUGAUAAGCAAGUCGAGACUGGGCCUCUAUCAAGUAUUCAGACUAAUGAACAGGUGCCGUCAUCUGUGCUUGGUGUUGGUAAUCCAUUGUUGCUUGAUGGUUUGGCCACCGAGCAUUUACAAUCCCUUAUGGAGGGAGACUUUAUAGAGUUGGAUGAUCUCAUCGACUGAUCAUUCGAUACUAAUCUUAAAACAAUUGGAUCGGUCUUAUUAAUCUGUGAAUAAAGAUUAGCUCACAAAUAGGUGAAGGUUUACCUUAAUUAUCAGGCUAAAAUAGCAGCUGAAGCAAUUAUUCUGAGGUGCUAAAUUUUGAGUUGUACAAUUGUUCUUACACUGUAAAUACACAUCCAAG